GAACCAAUCUGCAGACACGAGAAAGCCUGGCCUGGUUUCCUUCACACAGAUCAUUGCCUUUCUGAGUCUGUGGGAGAGGCUAUCUGUCUCAGGCCUCUGGCAUCUCCCAGAAGUAUGGCCUGCCAGGCAUGACCCAGGCAACAGAAGGCACAGGUAGACAGUUAGAUUUGACAUGCCCCUCAAGGCUCCCGGACCACACAGGAGCCAGAAGUCUGAAGCUACCUAUAGGAAGGAGGACAGGCGGAGAGGAGUAACUGGUGUUUCAGUGGCUUUUCUAUUGCUGCGAGGACACCAUGAACAAGGCAACUUACAGAAGGGUUUGUUGGGGGUCUUACAGCUUCAGAAGGUGACUCCAGGACCACCAUGGCAGUGAGCAUGGCACCAGCCAGCUCCUUUCAGCAGCGCCUGUCCUACACCACGCUCAGCGACUUGGCCCUGGCGCUGCUCGACGGAACGGUGUUUGAAAUCGUGCAGGGUCUUCUGGAGAUUCAGCACCUCACUGAGAAGAGCCUCUACAACCAGAGACUGCGGCUGCAGAACGAACACCGAGUGCUCAGACAGACUCUAAGGCAGAAGCACCUGGAAGCCCAGCAGUCCUGCCGGCCCCACAACGUGCCAGUGCUCCAGGCAGCUCAGCAGCGUGAGCUGGAGGCCAUGGAACAUCGAAUCCGGGAGGAGCAGCAGGCAAUGGACCGAAAGAUUGUCCUGGAACUGGACCGGAAGGUUGCCGACCAGCAGAGCACACUGGAGAAGGCAGGGGUAGCUGGUUUCUACGUGACCACCAAUCCUCAGGAGCUGACGCUGCAGAUGAACCUAUUGGAACUCAUCAGGAAGCUGCAGCAGAGGGGCUGCCAAGUGGGAAAGGCAGCUCUGUGACCAAGCAGGGGGUCCUUGUUAUCCUCCGUUGCCUAGGAUGGCUGGCGGGUACCACAGCCUUGACUGUAUGGGGGCUACUGUCCAGUUGCCAACAGGUCUGAUCUCUCUGAGGGGCUGAUUAGACCCUGGCAAUGCCUGCUGCCAUCCACUGUUCAGAUUUGGAGGGGAAGGGCCCAAGCAAUAGGAAUGGUGUCAUGAGAAGGCCCCUUGACUGGAUGUUGAGUGGGAAUAUUGGUUCUAGCACCUUCCCCUCUGGGCAUAUCCCACAUUCCUUUCAGGCUUGGGUGUUGCCUUAUUCCUGUGUAACACCUCCCUUGACAGUCCCAGCCCUGGAUGGAAGAAGCCAGAGUAUGGCCUAGAAAAUAAAGAACCCAGGACAUGGUU